AUGCCAGCUGCAAUCCGCAACUUGCGGAAUAACCCCAACCUCCUCUUCGUUCGCCUUCCAAAUCUCCUAUCAUUUAUCUGCAUUGUUGUCGGCGUUGUCUGGCUACUUCUCCUGCCGUUGAACGAGUACUCCCGACAAACCUACAUCUCCGAGAAUGCGCUCCUGCCGGGCCAAGUCCACGCGUAUUUCACGGGAAGUGAGCAGAACAUCUUCCGAGGUUAUCAGAAAGAGUUGGAAGGAUUGUUGAAUGAUGGACAGGCGAGAGGCGGUCAAAAAGAUGAGGCGGAAGUGACAGCGGCGGUUUCGGACAAGUUGCAGUCAAUUCUACAAGCGGCGGGGCUUAAAGUCGCCACGCAAAAAUACGAAUAUACCUCCGCUGGGGUUACGCACCAGGGAGAGAACAUUUAUGCUAUUAUCCAUGCGCCGCGCGGUGAUGCCACGGAGGCAAUUGUACUGGUUACGCCAUGGCAGACGGCUGAUGAUAAGUUGAACCUGAAUGGUGUCACUCUGGCCCUGACCUUGGCGAGAUAUUUCAAAAACAGCAAAAGUGGAACUCAGGCUUGGAUCGAUGCCUACCACGAUAUGCACCCGGCUUCAGUACAGCCACUUCCUUUGAAGAGUGGAGCAUUGCAAGGAGCACUGGUCAUCGAAUACCCCUUCGAUCACCGGUUCCAGUCGCUCCAUAUUGUAUAUGAUGGGGUCAAUGGCCAACUCCCCAACCUCGACCUGUUCAACACGGCUGUUGCCAUUGCAGGGGGGCAGAUGGGUAUUGGGGCCAAUCUCCAGGAAAUGUGGGGCCACGACGAUAGCUAUGAGCAUCGUCUGCAGACCAUGUUCCGUGGUAUGACCAAGCAGGGUCUCGGGUAUGCAACUGGCGCACACAGCAGCUUCAUGCCGUACCAUAUCGACGCUAUCACCCUACAGACCAAGGGCGAGGGAUGGGAGGAUGAAAUGGCACUGGGCCGGACGAUCGAGUCUCUUUGCCGCAGCUUGAACAACUUGCUGGAGCACCUGCACCAGAGCUUCUUCUUCUACCUGCUCAUGCAGUCCAACCGUUUUGUCAGCAUCGGCACCUAUUUGCCCAGUGCGAUGCUGAUCGCUGGAAAUUUCACUAUCAUGGCAAUUGCCCUCUGGAUGCGCACCGGUUACUACGCCGAAAGCAAAGCAAACGCCAAACCCAAGAACGAGAAAUCAACCACUGAGGACAAAUCCAAGAUUAAUAAUAUCGCAGAACGACACCUUGCUCUACCACUUUCGCUUGUUGUUGGACUCCAUCUACUCGGCCUUGUCCCGCUCUGGGUCUUUAAUAAUAUCUUCCAUCAAUACUUCACAAUUACCACGUACAUAUUUGUGAUCGUGGACCUCGUUCUUCCGCUCUUCCUCGCCGCAAUUCUCUCCAACGGCUUUGGUCUAGCAAAACCAAUCAUUCCCCAACAGUACCACCUCAUAAAAUCCUUUUCCCUCCUCCUACUGGGUCUCUCCCUCUCAACCCUCGCCACCCUCAACUUCUCUCUUUCAUUCAUGAUCGGUCUACUCUGCGCGCCACUUAGCUUCGUCACUCGCCUGCGAGGCUCUGCGCCAUUCCGCUUAGCAACUUCCACUCUGGGUCUGGUCCUUCUCAACCUCGUCUCCCCGCCAACUGUUCUCCUUGGCGUCUGCUGGUAUAUGGGUGUCUCUGUCGAGGCUGUCCUCACCCAAGCGGCUUUCGGUUGGGAUGUUUGGGGUAUGUGGACCCAGGUCGUUGUUUGGUGUGUGUGGUGGCCAGCUUGGUUGAUUGGGUCUGUGUUGCUGGGGUCGUCGAUGUUCUGA